GUCGCCUCCUCCGCGACCCGCCCGGAGGAGCAGCAUCGCCCAGCCAGGGGGGUCGUCGUCGUCGUCGUCCUCCUCCUGCCCGCCGCUGCCCCAACAUGGACGAGGAAGGCGGCGGCGGCGGCGGCGGAAGUGUGCCUGAUGACCUUUCCGUAGUGGAGAGAGAAGAGCUUUUAAACAUUCGUCGUAGGAAAAAAGAGCUGAUUGAUGACAUUGAGAGGUUAAAAUUUGAAAUAGCAGAGGUCAUGACAGAAAUUGACAACUUGACAAGUGUAGAGGAAAGCAAAACUACCCAGAGGAAUAAGCAAAUUGCAAUGGGAAGAAAAAAAUUCAACAUGGACCCCAAGAAGGGAAUCCAGUUCCUCAUAGAAAACGACCUCUUGCAGAAUACACCAGAGGACAUAGCACAGUUCCUCUAUAAAGGGGAAGGGCUAAAUAAAACGGUCAUUGGAGAUUAUCUCGGUGAAAGGGAUGAUUUUAAUAUUAAAGUCCUACAGGCUUUUGUUGAACUCCAUGAGUUUGCUGAUCUCAAUCUUGUACAAGCCUUAAGACAGUUCCUGUGGAGUUUCAGGCUUCCAGGAGAGGCUCAAAAGAUUGAUCGUAUGAUGGAAGCAUUUGCUUCACGUUAUUGCCUUUGUAACCCUGGAGUCUUUCAGUCUACAGAUACAUGCUACGUGCUGUCUUUUGCAAUCAUUAUGUUAAACACUAGUCUACACAACCACAACGUAAAAGACAAACCAACGGUUGAGCGGUUUAUAUCUAUGAAUCGAGGUAUCAAUGAGGGCGGGGACCUCCCAGAAGAACUGCUACGGAAUUUAUAUGAAAGCAUUAAAAACGAGCCCUUUAAAAUUCCAGAGGAUGACGGAAAUGAUUUAACCCAUACAUUUUUUAACCCGGAUCGAGAAGGCUGGCUGUUGAAAUUAGGGGGAAGAGUGAAAACGUGGAAGAGGAGAUGGUUUAUACUGACCGAUAAUUGCUUGUAUUACUUUGAAUUCACAACGGACAAAGAACCCCGAGGUAUUAUCCCUUUGGAGAAUCUCAGCAUAAGAGAAGUUGAGGAUCCGAGAAAGCCAAACUGUUUUGAGCUGUAUAACCCCAGCCACAAAGGGCAAGUCAUAAAAGCCUGCAAAACGGAAGCGGAUGGACGAGUGGUGGAAGGCAACCACGUGGUUUACAGGAUAUCGGCUCCCACCCCUGAGGAAAAAGAGGAGUGGAUCAAAUCAAUCAAGGCGAGUAUCAGCAGGGACCCCUUUUAUGAUAUGCUGGCAACCAGGAAGAGAAGAAUCGCAAAUAAAAAAUAGCAAAUAAAAAAUAAAAAAAUAGGACUCUUGUGGAGCGUAGCCAGACUGCAGAGAGACCGUGAAUUCCCAAGGCCCUUACUGGAAGCAUAGCUGCUCACCUCCAGCACCACCUGCCUUUUCUAUGCCCCUCUAUUCUUGGAAGCUCCUGGAAGAAGCUUUCAGGCCCACGGACCUUUUUUGUGGACUGAAGACGUAGAAGCCUUACCUGCCGCUUUCUGUAUUGUUGAACCAGGAGUCAAAACCAGACUUGAUACGAUGGUAGGUAAUCAAGCCAAUCUCCUGUUCUGUGGGCCCUUUGCCCAAGCUCUUAAUGCCUUGCUGAGCUGAGGCAGAGGGCUUGCCACUUCUGUUCCCGUAUGCAAAACCGCUCUCCAGACCCCGCUUCUCCUUUGCAAGACAGAGGCCUUGGCGCCGUGAUGGCUUGGUAUGCCACGAGCCCCCAGCCUGCUGCGCUGUUCUUGGGAAUCUCUGCCCUCCAACCUAAUGAUGCAUAGUUUGGUUACAUUUUUUAAAAAAACUCUAGUCUGGCAGCUAUAUAGAGACCACCUCCUCACAAGCAGCUGGAGACACACUGAAAAUCGGAGGCUCCCCAAAGAUGAAAAGGUGACGUUCGUGUCCGUGGGCAGGAUCUCUGUAGCUUGUCUUCAGGUUCUAGAUGCCUUUGAAGUGUGCUGUUUCUCUUCUCCAGAUGUUAGCCGGAAACAAUGGCAUUGCCUUUCUCAGAUAUGAAUUCUGUCUACCAUCUUCUGCCAUAUUCCUACACUUCUGUAAAUACAUCCUGCUCUCUAAAAAUGGCUGUCAGAUCAUGAAGUAAGGUGCUUAGUAGCAUCCCUCACCCUGACUGGUGUAAAAGUUACUCAAAAAACUUUAGCUUUAACUGCUCUCGUAAUUUAUUGCCAUGCAGGAAGGUAAAGAUUUAAUUUUUUUUUUCUGGGAACAAGCCAAAAAGUGUGUGUGUCUGUGUGUGUGAGAGAGAGAGAUUGAGAGAGAGAGAGAGGUAUUUUCAUUAUUUUGCUAACGGAGAGAGACCAAUCUGUCAGGAAUCAGAAAUGUAAUUUGUUUUUGUGUUAACUCCCUUUUGCAGAAGGGGCCUGAUUCAGCACUGGGUUUCGAUUCUGUCUUAAUGAAGAUGUGUGGGUACAGUUGGUUGCGGUAACUAGCUGAGGGCUGUAGGUAUAGAAAUUUUUAAAAGGGGUGGGGGGGAAGGAAACUUAAGCAGUGUGGAACUGUGGGCUCUCCGGGUUAUGUUUCCAUGUGACUUUUUAGACCGUAGGGCUGUUCUCACGAUUCUAAUUAGCCGAGGAGGCCCAUCCUACCCUAGCUCAGGAGCUGUGCACGCGUCCGUUUUCCGUGACAGAAGAAGAGAUUGUCUGUGAGUAAAAAGCAAAGGAGGAAGGGGAGGAAGUGAUUGUCUACUCAGCAGCAGCUGGCCUGGAGGACAUUUGCUGCUACCUUGUUAAAAGAGCUGGGUACAGCUGGUGGGGCUUAGACAAAUUCAUGGAGGACACGUCUGCCAGUGGUUACGAGUCUGAAUGGCUGGAGGCUGCCUCCAGGCUCAGAGGCAGGAUGCAGGGGAUCGACUGCAGCAGGAGAGGGGGCCUGCCUUCACCUCUUGCCUGGGGGCUUUCCAGCAGCAUCUGGUGGGCCACUGUGGGAAACAGGAUGCGGGACUCGAUGGCUUCCUUGGGCCUGAUCCAGCAAGACUUUUCUGCGGAUAGCACUGCUGGUGUAUGCUUUGAGACCAAGGUCCUAGGUUUAAUUCCUGGCACUUACAGUUAAUAGCCCUUAGGACUGGGCAAGAGAUCUGUCUGAGCCUUCAAGGAACUAGGUUUGAAUGAACCAGCUGCCAGCG